AUGACACAUUAUCCUAGUAAUAUUAGUUGUGUUUUGGGAUUUAAUGUUCAUUCAAUUUUCAUAUUUGGAGAUUCUAUAAUUGAUGCUGGUAACAAUCAAUUCAAAAACAACUGCUCAGUACAAGCUAAUUUUACACCUUAUGGUUCCAAUUUCUUUCACCAUCCAACUGGUAGAUUCACUAAUGGUCGAACCGUCACCGACUUUAUUUGUGAAUUUAUUGGGAUUCCUAUGCAAAAGCCAGUCCUUGAAUUAGUAAAUGGAAAUUGGAAAAAUUAUCCAUCAAAUGGCAUCAACUUUGCUAGUGGUGGUAGUGGUGUUCUACAAACAACUAAUCAAGAUUUGGGAGUGACACCAAUUCAAGAUCAACUUCAACAAUUCAAAACUUUAGUCCAACAAAACAAAAUAAACAAGAAACAAAUUCAAGAAUCACUCUUCAUAUUCACAUCAGGCUCAAAUGACAUAUUCACAUAUUUCAAUCCAUUUAAUGUCCCAAAACUUACUCUAAAUGCCUAUGUUCAAGCCAUGUUAACUCAAAUGUCAAAGUUUGUUGAUCAAAUUUGUAAGUUAGGGGCUCGUCGAAUCGCGUUGAUUUCGUUAGGCCCCGUUGGUUGUAUCCCAGCCAGGGCCCUCUUGCCUAGUGCACCAAUUGAUAAAUGUUAUGGAAAGAUGAAUAGAAUGGUGAAGAAUUAUAAUGUGGGAUUAGAAAAUUUGGUGAAGAGGAUACCUAUUAAGUAUCCUAGUUCUUUUGCUGUGUAUGGAGCUGUGUACAAAACUGUUCAGAAUUUUAGAGCUAAUCCUCAAAGUUAUGGAUUUUCAGAUGUAACUAAUGCAUGUUGUGGUGAUGGAACUCUUGGAGGAGCAUUGCAAUGUGGUAAAGAAGGUUACAAGUUAUGUGCAAAGCCCAAUGAAUACUUGUUUUGGGAUUACUUUCAUCCAUCAGAGCAUACUUAUAAUCUCAUCUCAAAGACAUUGUGGAAUGGAACUUAUUCUCAAAUUCGACCUGUGAAUCUCAAAACACUAGCCAACAUGACCCUUAUUAAGCACUAA